ACAGUGUACAUUUCUGAUCGAUUUUAACAAUGAGAAACACAAAGCUUCAACCUGUAAUCAACCAUUUGUUGAUUCUAUUAAAAAACAUGACACUUUGGACCAAGUACUCGGUUAGCUUAUUACUAGAGCCAGCCCUGUGUUGGAGCACGAUUGUUACAAACAAAGUUGUUCGCUCGCUCUAAGAAAUUCGAAAAGAAAUUAGCUGUAGGAUAUUGUCAUUUUCAUGAAACGUUCUAUUCCUGGUAUUACGUGUGUAUAUACAUCUAUGUAAAAUAUUUAGCAAAGUAAACGAUUUCAUUAAUAUUUGCAGAGACGACGAUAACCCGCGGCUAACUAAUUUCAGAACGUGACUUUUAUAUUAGAUGGCGGUAAAAAUGGCACGUUUGAUUUUAACAUGUAACACCGCUAUCUAUUCGUUUCGUGUGCAAUUCUGUCUUAUAACCUAGAAUCUUGACACAUCGUGGACAGCGUUGUGCGAAUUGUGAACGGACGAUUAACGCCGGGCAAAGUCUACGAAUUUUUGUUAAAACAUAACAGUGGUAUCGACGGAUCGCUUAUCGAGGUGAACGUAGACAUUAAAACGAGAAAUCACGUACAGGACGAGCAUGAAUUGACAGAAAUAACGUAUUGGCUCUGCAUUGUGUCGCGGUAUUUCUAAACGCGGGUUGGUUCUUUCUUUACCCGCCUCCUCUCCCCAUCCCCUAGACCCCUUCUGAAAAUCGCGCAGCAUCCUUGCGCGCGAAACACGCGUAUGCCGGGUGGACGCACAUUGUGUGCCUGUACUUCGUUGUAGAUACCUGUGAAUAGUGUAUUUUAAGCAUUAGUUUUACGAGAUGAGUGCGUGAAAAACCGAGUCGUUCGUGGUAAUCGCGAGGAGUACGAAUAACACCGAAUCGAACGGUCACGAUAUCGUACGACUGGUCGCGCAGCAGUCACCGCGGUGAGGUAAAACUCGUACCCGUGUGUCGAAAGACGUAACCACCAUUAAUUGUACCCCGUCGUGUUUCGGGACAUUCCCAACGAUUGGCGUUCUCGAACGACACGGCGCAUACGAAUUUCGCGUAUCUCUCGAUAUUCCUUUCCCCCCUUUGCUUGUCCUACCCCUAAUUUCCUUUCCGUCGGUGAACAAGCACUCGUCGUUUUUUGUAUGUUUCAUUCCUUUUUUUUUUUCCACGUCCAUCGACAUCCCCCCAGUUUCGUUCGUUCGUCGGCAGAGCAGCAGUUGUGCCGAUUGGUAAAAUUCGAGAGGCUCCGACUCGAAGCGAGUCGCGUUCGUUGGACGAUUCUCUUUGUGUUCGCAGUUACGUUUUUCGUGUCGUCCGGCAGUGUUGUCAAAAAUCCGGCAGCACCGCUCGCGGCCAGCUGCCAUUGCUGUACACUGUCUGGCGUUCUUGGUCGCGGCAUCGUAAUAAAUAUCGUUAUUCACGGUGGUGAUCCGUCUACCUCGUUGCCGUCGUGUUCGUCGUCAGCAUCGUCGUCGUGGAAACAACGGAAGAUGCCGCACUGAUUGAGAGUCGCACGUUUCGGAGCAUGUUCGUGGUACAGACGUAGCUGGGGCGAUUCUACCUUUGGCUCCGGACGCCGGUUCUGAGCGAGCUAACCUUCGCGUCGGGGGUUCCUCUUAUCUGUCGGAUCGUCGAUCAUCGGUGCCCGUGGCAGCGGUACAGAUUGACAGAACGAUGAAGUGGCUCGGUGCGAGUAGCGCUGGUGCUGCGGGUGAACCGGCACCUUCUGUGCAGUUACACCAUCCUUCUGCGAACGGACAUAUACCCGCGGAUGGAGAGCAAUGCGGACAAGUAAUGGCUGGUGGUGAUAGUAUGCGUAUACAACCCGGUCAAACGCAUCAAAUAGGUGUAAGCAGAACACAAGAUGAUGCAAUGGUGGGUUACGUGUUCCAACGACCCACAGAACCAGAAUUUAAUGCCCAAUCUUCGAGUUUUCAAACAAAACAAGCCCCGCGUGCGUGGGCUCUUGCAGACGAUGCUAUAAUCGAUAAUAAUCCAGAAAAAUGGAAAUAUCCCAUUACCAAACUGAGUGUACCACAGCAGAAUCAACCUCAACAAUUGGGAUUGCAAACUAUGAACAAUGUUCAUCUUCCCUAUGAGAUACAUCCUAUGCAACUAAAAAGCGGUGGACCUGGAGCAGAACAUUUAGUUUAUCUAAAUAAUCAGAUGACAGCUCAGCAACAAGUUGCCCUUUUUCACCAUCAGCAACAACAACAACAGCAACAACAGUUUAGGAAUGGACAGAUCGCUCCCUCGGCAAAAAAGCUCUGGGGUGUGGACGAGGGCGGCUCCAAGGACGAAGGGGGUGUAAAAGGCGGUGGGAUACUUCACCUGGGCGACCACCAGAUGUGGCGAGAUUCUACCUGGAGCACCUCAGAUCAUGCCGUGUCACAGCCAAUUUCCAUGGGCACCGGUAGACGCGUGGGUGUGGGGACGGGGUAUCACCACCAGACGUCAGAAGUUGGAACAGUUCUCAGUCCAAGAAGCAGCGAAACGGGUGGUCUGGGGGUCAAAAUGGUCGAAUACGUCCUUGGAUCGAGCCCCACGACGCCCAAAGAUUUAGAACCUAGAAUGGUCUCCCUGAGAUUGAACACCGACGCGGACAAGAAAGAAAAAGAGAAGGGCUCGGCAAGUCCUUUCGACAGUUCUAAAGACGACACAGGUCCACAGAAUAACGGAUUAGCAUCACAAAACGGUCUCGAUGAUGACAAAGGCUUUAACCGUACACCUGGCAGCCGCCAGCCCUCGCCCGGGGAAGAAGAAUUCCAAAAGAACGCUGCGGCGACCUUAGCCGUGAGCGCUGGCGGUGGCGGUGUGGUGUUGCUGAAGCCCGGUGUCGACGUGGUCGGCAGCGAGGAGCAUUUCAUGGCCGCGUUCGCUCCAGCACCGCCUCACCAUCUUCAACAUCACCAAGCGCCACCGACCCACCAUCUACAGCAUCCACAUUCGCACGCUGCGCAGCUCUUUGGUGCGCAGGCUCCACCGCCCCCGCAGGGUCCGCCGCCGUCGCAACAACAACAACAGCAACAGGGACCGCCGCAGCCGCAAGACACCACCACUCACUUUGACGUUCAGCAAUUGUUCCGAAGUCAGCCGCAGGGAGCCACGCCGCAGCAGUUGCAGUUGCUCCAGCAGCAACAGCAGCAACAACAGCAGCAGUACCUGGCCGCCUCUCAGGCGCAGCAGCAGCAGCAGCAGCAGCAACAGCAACAGCAACAGAACUUUCCCACGGCGCCGUACACCGUUAUCAGCGGCCAGGAACCGUACGUCGGUGCAUUGAUAGCCGGAGCACCACCACCGGUGGUACAACCUUAUUAUGGAGUCGCCCCGUGGGUCUAUCCAGCGGGACUGCUGCCCCAAGCACCUCCCCAAGCAGCGGCGCCACCGCCACCCAGGCGACCGCUGACACCAUCUUCGGCGGCGGCCGCGGCAGCUGCCGCCCAAGACACUGCAAAUAAUUUGGCGCAGACUGUUCAGGGUCAGUACCAGGUGAUACCAGCGUAUUACGAUCAAAACGGAUCCAUAGUGAUGGGCGGUGUGCGCGGGUUGAGCUCCGCGGCAACCCCCAUGAGACUCGUCAGUCCUGCACCAGUUUUGGUGAACAGAGCUCCCUCCCAACCACCGCCGGGACCACCAGCUCCACCGCCACCGAGUCUAUACUCCCAACCGACUCCUACGUCCCACAGUAAUGCAACAGCUGGCGAAUGUUUGGGUCUGGCGGCGUGCAGUGCUGCAGCGGUGGUUGCACAAGCCCAAGCGGUCGCUGUACAACAGGCGCAGCAGCAAGGAUCAGGACUAGCCGCGGGUUUAGCCGCUCUAGGAUACGGUGGCUCCCCACUGGGUGCACUGGGCUCGCCUGCUCAGCUCCAGAGCACAGGUCUGGGUCUCGGCGCUUCGUCAACCGCGCGAAGAGAUUCCUUCGAUAGAAACACGUCAGCGUUUAGCCCUAGUUUGGAGUACAGCCGCGCCAAGUGGCCUCAAAGUUACGGAGCCCUUGGUACCGUGACGGCGUCGCCAAGCCCAUUAGGAUUAUCCUUGACACCACCGCCAACUUUGGGAGGAUCUUUAAGCGGACUGGUCGGUGGAGCCAGUCGGGUAUCCGCUGCUCCUGGAGCCGAGGCCAAAUUUCGCGCUAGCGCGGUUCCAGCUUUAACGGCAAACGGAGUCUUCGGUUCCAGUAGCUCCCUUUUCCCUAACCUGGUGGGCAAACCUGGCCGCGGCGGUACUACCUGCAUCGGAGACAAAAAUGCUGGAGGACGAUCACGUUUACUGGAAGACUUCAGGAAUAACCGAUUCCCGAGUCUUCAACUGCGCGACCUGGCCAAUCAUAUAGUCGAAUUCAGUCAAGAUCAGCAUGGAUCCCGUUUCAUUCAGCAGAAAUUGGAACGCGCCUCGGCUAGCGAAAAGCAGCUCGUAUUCCAAGAAAUCCUCACUUCUGCUUACUCAUUGAUGACGGACGUUUUUGGAAAUUAUGUUAUUCAGAAGUUCUUCGAGUUUGGCACGCCGGAACAAAAGUCCACCCUCGCUCAAAAGGUUCGAGGACACGUAUUGCCCUUGGCACUGCAGAUGUACGGCUGUAGAGUGAUUCAGAAGGCUCUUGAAUCGAUCGGACCGGAACAACAGCAAGAAAUCGUCCUGGAGCUGGACGGGCACGUGUUGAAGUGCGUUAAAGAUCAAAAUGGAAACCACGUCGUUCAAAAAUGCAUCGAGUGCGUCGAACCGCGAGCAUUGCAGUUCGUCAUCGGAGCAUUUGCCGGUCAAGUUUAUUCGCUAAGCACCCAUCCGUACGGAUGCAGAGUGAUCCAACGCAUUCUCGAGCAUUGCACUCCCGAACAAACCCAAGGUAUCCUUCAAGAGCUGCACGCUGCCACUGAUCAGCUCAUUCAAGAUCAGUAUGGUAAUUACGUCAUCCAGCAUGUCCUCGAACAUGGAAAGCCAGAAGACAAAGCACAAUUGAUCAGCAGUGUUAGGGGUAAAGUACUUACUCUUUCUCAACACAAGUUCGCGAGCAACGUUGUCGAAAAAUGCGUAACUCAUGCUACAAGACAAGAACGAGCUGUGCUAAUCGAAGAAGUUUGCGGCUUUAACGACAACGCAUUGAACGUCAUGAUGAAGGAUCAGUAUGCCAACUACGUGGUACAGAAGAUGAUAGACGUAGCAGAACCAGCGCAACGCAAAGUAUUGAUGCACAAGAUUCGCCCACACCUAGGCAGCUUACGCAAGUACACCUAUGGCAAGCACAUCAUUGUCAAGCUAGAGAAAUUCUUCAUGAAAACGGCAUCCGCGAUGGGGGUGGCGACGCCUGCCGGUGCUUCAACAGGUGGAGGUGAUCUCGGUCCCAUCGGGCCACCUGCUUCUGCUGCUGGUACAGUUUCCACGCCAGCUCAGCAGCCAACGCAGGUUCUAUAAGCGUACGGUUUCAGAAAGUAACAACCAUUCGAGAUCUUCUAUACGUUCAAGAAACACGUAUCCAAGACCUACGUAAAUAUUUAUUGCAACGUAUCUAAUCGUCAUUGAUUUAUAAUGGACGAGUAAAACGAGGAUUCGUUUCCGCGCCGUCGUGUUCGUCUCGUUGUCCCUUCUUUCCGGAGCUUAUAAAACCUAUAACGGGAAAAAAGACGCGCGUAUCCACUUGAAACGAACGAAAAGAAGAAAGAAAAACUACCGAGACGAUUUUUCUUAUUUUUACAAAACCGUAUAAACCCGACAGAAUUUGUACAGAACACCCGAGAAUGGACAACGCGAGAUCGCGGCGCGAGGAAACAAUAACCAUCAACAACAAAAAGAAAACUUCAAGGUCGAAUGUGUGUCAGAAAAAAAUCAAUUUGUAGAAUAACGUUAGAGGUGCAGUGCAUUUUUCUAUUAGCAAUCUAACGUGCUGCCGAGUAAUAUAUUCGUAGCGAUUACGCAUUGAAAUGUCCCGAAAGUUGCACCGAUAACGUUUUGAGAACCGAGUUUCUUCGAAACGACUGGACAAGCUUUGAAGCUUGAUCGUAAAAAAGAAACUGCAGUGCUAGGAUGGCUGAUUGUCUUAACACCGCUCGUUUAAUCGAUCAGUUGACGCAAUUUCAAAACACGGCACGAACACGUUCCGACAAUUUGUAAGAAACUACUUUUCUCCCCCUCGGUUUGGGUAAAAUCGUUAUUUAAACGAACACACACACAUGUUAUUAUCCUUUUUAAACUCAGCACUCUUUCGAAAGAGCGUAGAGCUCUGUCCUCUGGCAAACACUUAAGCGAAAAUAAUAGGAAAAAAACGCAAAAAAGAGGUGUAAACAGUAUGAGAAGUCGCGCCCGCGCGCCGUUCAACGGUUGCGCCCGCGAACGACAAAACUCGGUAAACAACAGCAACAGGUUCGAUGAAGAGACAAAAAUUGUGUUUAGACAGCUAGGAUAGAUCGUAGAGCUGCAUGCAUUUAUAUCGAGUUGUAACGAGAUUGCGAUGUCCGUAAUAUACGAUGCGCGAGACGUCUUGGUCGCGAGUGUACCGUACAGCCUUUGCACGCUAAACGUAGUAUUAUCCUUGUGUGCGGUACACGUCCGAUCAACGAAUCGGUAUCGGUUCAGAUUUGAUAGAUGGUUAGGAGCUACAGAUACGUCGAUUAAAAUCUAGCAUAGCGUUUGACAUGGGAAUGAAGCUGAGUAUCCCUGACCGGACCGCUGAUCUGCCCCCUUGAUUGCUUCAGAUUGUUCGUGAAUAAUAAUAAUAAUCAUUAAUAAAGAAAAAAAAAAAAGUAACGAUGAACGAUACCAGGAAAAAAGGAAAGGAAACCAAGUUCGUUAUUCUCGUUUCACGUUUAGAAAGAAAUUUUCGAAAACGGAUCAGUAUAUGAUAUAUAUGUGUAUUCCUUCUCGAGAGAGAAAAAAAGAAAAAGAACCUAACAGAAUUUAGCAGAAGUAACGGAAGAUAAGAAACAAAAGAUGGUAAAAGACAGAGAUAAAAAUAAUGAGGAGAGACAUCAAGUCGUCAGCACGGUUCUCUUUUGUUCGUUUUACGUUUGUCGCCUUCGAGCGCGGAGCAUUUUUUUCUACUCUCUUAAACGUCCUUUUUACAUCCCCCCAUCUCCUCAACCCCUCUUCCAAACGCCCUUUCCCUUGCAACCCCCCAAUGCCCACUCCCUCGUCCCAAAGAUCCUCGAAUUUUGUAAAUUGUGAUAUAAAUAAAUAACAAAUGUGUAUAGGAAACGACGUGACAAACCCUACAUGAGGAACCGUAAAUUCAAUGAAUAAUUUUAUUUUUCACGGGAAUUCUCUCCUUUUUAACGGACUUUGUGAAUAUCGUGUAUUAUAAUAAUUACUAAUUAUAUUAAAUUUAAAUAUGAUUUACGUUCUAAUGCUGCUGACCCUCGAUCAACAUACGUUACACCACCCAUUCUCCUGCCGUGUUAAAGAUGGCCGUGUUACGGCCACCUCCUAACCCCCCAUCUCCUGCUCCCUUCGCAUACACGCACUCUCAUGCAUUAUCCAGUUGUAAGAUAUAGACAUUUUUGACAAAGGAGACGCUCUAUAGGAAAGAAAUCGUUUAUAUUCGGAUUCAUUCGAUUCCCAAACGCCCCACGUCCAUACCCGCAGUCCUUUUAAAACUAAUCGCAGCAAUCGCGUGAUCGCGGUGAUCUUUGAACGUAACCGAGACCCAUUGUACAUUGUAUAAAUGAUAACGCGUUCUAUAACAAACAAACAAAAAAAAAAAAUAGAAGAAAAAUCGUCAGGAAAUUUAACCCCCCCCCCCCCCCACCCCUCCCGCCAUUGCAUGUGUAUCUAUAUCUCUUUUCGCGUCAAAUUUCGCCUUCCGACCCUCCUCACUCCCCUCUCAUAACACGUUCACACGUUAGGAAUAUAAUAUUGUACACGCCGAGCAUUUCGAUUUGUAUAUUGUUACCGAUCACACAAGACGGUUGGAAAGAGCGCCUCUCAGCUGUUUUCAAUAGCAUCGAACUCAUUUCUUUCCUUUUAGUUUUCUCAUUUUGUUAUCGAAACAGCGGUUCGUAUUUCUCUCUCUCUUCGUAGUCCUCGUUUUCGGUUAGCCUCGUUCGACGCGAAUCCUCUGUGACGUUUCACCGAUCAUAAUUUUCUCUGUCGAGCAACAGCGUUCCCGACAGGCAUAGUUGUGCAUACGUUGAAGCCAAUUCGGAGGAAGAGAUGAGCAAAAUGAUAUUUUACGUUAAUUAUUGCAUUCUUGUUACGAUUGGAAACUUUUU